AUGCAGGUCAGUUCCCGACAAAUCCGAGACAAUCGAUGCAAUUUCAUUGAUCUCAACGAAGUAAAAGGCUUAGCUGUCUUCCCCGGGUGUCGAAUAAGCUACGAAGCAGACGCUGAUCCUACUUUGUUCCGUUACUUCGUUCUGGACCAAAGAGAAAAUGAAUUGACUUCAUUUAUUGAUAUCGGCUUUGAUGUUUCUGUUUCUUGA